CUACAAUUGUAAGUUCUCUCAGUCAAAAUCACAAAAUAGUUAAUUAAAAUGAAGUCAAACAAAUAUAAUGACACAAUUGUUGAUACAUCGACAUUAACGCAAGAUGAUCUGCAGGAUGCAUACGAGAAAUUAGCAAAGAAAUAUUCCGAAUUUAAGAAAAUUAAUGAUGACUUUAAUCAAAAAUUACAUCAAGAAAUUUCUCACAAAAAAUCACUGGAAAAUACAUUAAAUGAUGUUCAGAAUGAGCUGGAUUCAAUAAAUGAAGUCAAUUCUAAGGCAAUCAGUCAAAUAGAAAAGAAGAAUGAAGAAUUAAGGAACAAGAAUCAAAAUUUAAUUAUGGAAAAAAUUGUAUUGGAAAAUAAAGUUGAUGAUCUUGCAGCUAAAAUUCAACAAUUAAACGAAGAAGUGAAGGAAGUAAGAGGCUUGCUAGCCGUUAAAGCUAUUAAGCCGCGUGUAUCGGACACUUAUGCAAAAAGUAUAGAACUUGAAAAUGAAAAUUUGCGAACAACGAUAAAUGAGAUGAAGGAAAAGGCAGAGGAAGUGACUAUAAAGUAUUCUGAAAGUGUCAGUAAGGUAGAAGAGCUUACCGAGCGACUAGCAUGUGUUCAGGACAAUUUAGAGUCGAAAAAAGUUGAGCUGGAAGAAAAAACUGAAUCCCUGGAACAUUUACAAGAAAAAAUGCAUGAGAUGUCAUCGGAACUGACAUUAUUAAAGAAUUCAGCUGGACCUGAUGACAACAAUCGUAAAGGAAACUCCCUAUUCGCUGAAGUUGAUGACCAACGACAGAAGAUGAAGAAAAUCCUUCAAGGCGAACGUAGUCAUUACCUGGAAAUGAAGAAAGCCUUCAACUCAAAAGAAAUGGAAAUUCGUCGAUUAAAACGAGAAAAUUUAAAUAUUAAAGCAGAGAUUCAAGCAUGCAGCAAUCAACUGAAACGUGGUGAACAUUUAUCAACAAGUCAUUUAAAAAUUUAUGUCUCUAGUCUUGAAUGUGACAAGAAGUACCUCGAGAAUCAACUUAAAAUUAUGGAAGAACGUUUGAUUGAUCUUGCGAAGGAUCAAAAAAUGCACUGGGUUGAGACAGUUCUCACAUCAUCAAGUCGUGAAGCUCGUGACAUGAAAGAUAAAUAUUAUGUUUUGUUGCGUGAGAAAACAGCAUUAGCCGACAGUCACAGUAAGACAUUAAAGGAAAUCGCUAAAGUUCGUCUCGAUUGUAUCAAAUUGAAAUGCUUGUUGGGACGUGUUGUUGAUGAAUUUCAAAUUAGGAUUGAUGAGACACAAUACGAUGAUUUAGAGAUUGAUGAAGCUAUUUUUGAGAAUCUUAAGCUUGAGAAUUUACAGGCAUUACGUUCAGACGAUCAAACUCAGCAAAAUGAAGACUCAAAUGAAAUGUUGAAUGAAAGUACAAUAAUUCUACUCGGUGGACGUGAUAAAUUGGGCAAUGCAAUUCCACGGAUUAAGGAAAGUGAUUUGAUAAAGAAAGAGACAGGAAGUAAGAAUGUUUUUGGUCCUAGUAAUCCUAAUGAAGUCAAUUAUGGAUCUGGAAGAGCUUAUGCAUUUACUAGAGAAUUUUAUAAGCCACUUGAGGAUAAUGUCGACAUUUAUACUAAAGAUCCAGAGCCGAUUAAGUUCAGCUGUCGACCCACAUUUGGUUUGGGUGACGUUAAAGCUGAAAAAUUAAAAUCUGGUGACAAUAAGGCUAAAUUAUGCUUCCAAAAACCGAAGUCUGAAGGAAGUUCGUGCAAUUUGAGGUCAAUAAAGGUAGAAGAAGUAGACAGCAAGGACAAGGAAAACGCAACAUCCAGCAAUCAUCUCAAAAUGAAUCCAAAGUUAGAGAUCCAAUCACCUUUGAAGACUAAAUCGAUUCAAUUUUCGACAACAGUUGAAACACGUGUCAUUGACAGCACUAAAGAGGGAUAUGAGCAGUCAAAGGAGGCCAGGAAAAAGCCAGCAUACACUAUACAAAGAAUCAUCAUUCCAUCAAGAGUUCCAAAACAAUCGUAAUUCAUUUGUUUCAAAAAAUUUAUUUUCGUCUAAUUUUCUACAAUUUUUUGCGAUUUUUUUCACUUUUUAUAUUAAAUAAUUUAUAGGUUCUUACUUCCUUCAAUUUAUUUAAGGUAAACGUGUGUGUGUUUAAUUUUCUUUCUCACUUAAUCUUAGGUUUUCUUUUCUUUCUGAGGCUCUUAAAAAAAGUCGGUUCCUUGAGCCUCUGAAGAAUAAUAUGCAAUUUUUGUUUUACUUUUUAUGCUUCCCCAAAAAUCGUAUGACAAAAAAAAUAAUAAGGAAAAAUUAAUUAUAUUACUGUUUAUUAUUUUAAUUGAAAUUAUAUUAUAUUUAUAGACUCCCGCCCGAAUAAUUAAAAAAAUUAAUUUAAACAUUUUUUUUUCGCCUAAUUGCUUGAAUUUCAUUUUUUUUAAAUUAUGUACAAAGUUAAUAAUUUAUUUACUAGAUUGGUUUUAUACAAUAUGUUUUCUCGUUCCAUCGUUUAGUAUCCAGUUUUGUUUAUUUGGUACCAAGGAAAAAGCUAUAGUCAUUAAAAAUGUGAUAAAUUGUCCUAUAAACAACACUUUUUAAUGGUCAAAUCGUUAAUAAUAUAAAUUUCAUCUUUUUCACGAUCGAUAACUAUUAUGAUCGAUUUUUAUUUAUUUUAGUUUUGUUGUACUCGAAAUUGAGUCAAUGUCCCAACUUUUACACUCGUUUU